AUGGAACCAGCGUUCGGAUUAUUAGAAAAACGUCAGCUGCCAAAAUUAAUGGCAUGUAUGACUCAAAAUAGCAUAGAAAAUUUUAGGAAUAAAGCUUUGUUCAGUUUAGAUACAAUUGACGCAAAAGGAAUUCGAAGGCGAAAACUUCCUCUGCACGAAUGUUUGACUUUAGAGUUGAGGGAAGCAGGAUUUUUUGAAACAUCGGAUUAUCUACAAAAUCUCAUUUAUGACAAUAUUCAAAUUUUAGCACAAGACGAUAUCGGUAUUGUUAUAGAUCUUAGAAAAAAAGAAGACUUCUUGGAACAUAUUUGCGCCGGUCUACAAAAGGCUGAAAGAGAACGAGACAAAGAUAACAAAAAGAAGGAAUGCUUGGAGUUGCUCAAACUUGCCAUGUAUUACUCUGAAAUGGGAAAAGGAAUUCUGUGGUUAGCGGAAAAAUUCUUUCUGGCAUCGAUCGCUGUUGGAAGUCAUUAUUUGGUCGACGGUGGACGACAGAAAGCUUGUUGCAAAUAUCAUUACGCAUCGUUUUUAUUGGACAAAUAUUUGGCAAGUUUUCAAAAAGAAAAUGAAAUAGAAUUAUCAAAUCCAGGUUCAUCUGGUAUACAAAGUAAAUUUGAAAAUUUUUCACCUUCAAAAUUAAGACCUUUUCCUAAAGCAGCAGCUCGAAAACAAUCUAUCAACAGUCGUCGUAAACGCAAAUCCGCUGUGUUAACCGACACACCUGAAAAAGACUCAUUAAAAAAGAGUAUGAAGAAAAAACUGGCAAAGAUCAAAAAACUUGUGACAAAACUAAAGGAAAAGGCAAAGGAAAAGGAAAAGGAUUGGGUGCUUUUUGAGGAUGAAAGUGAGAUAAAACAUGAUAUACCGAAUUCGGUAUUUGCUGCAACUGUCUUACAACUACAUAGGGUCUUAUUACAAAAAGCGCGAAUGAUACGAAAUGAAGAUCCAGCAAAAUCAGAAAGGCUAUCACGUUUGGCUGAACGUAGAGCUAAAGAUGCCACUGAUACCCCAAAAAUUGCCGAGGCAAUCAUUGAAAUUGGAAUCAGUCAAUUAACAAUGAAUAAUUUAAAUAAUGCUCUAAGAACGUUUGAAAAGGCUUUUAAAAUAUAUUCAGCAAGCAAAGAUAUCCACGGUAUGUGUGAAACAAAAAUGCACCUUGCUGCCGUAAUGCAAAAAAUAGGCGAUAACGAAGCAGCAGCAAAAUACUUGACCGAAAUGGGAGCGUUAGCUAUGGAGCACGGCUUACGUAAACAUCUUGGCCGUGCGUUACACUUACUUGGCGAAUUACAUUUGAGAAGGGAGAGACCAGAUCUUGGAACGCAGCACCUGGCCGAAGCAUUUACGUGUUUCAUGGGAUAUCUUGUUCAAGACAUAUGGAAAAAAGAAGCUUCAAUGUUAAAAAUUAGGGCUAAUUUGCCGACUGACUUGGAUGUCAUAUAUGAGAGCGAUGAAACAGAGAAAUAUGUAGAAGAAGCAGAGCAAUCUAGAGUAAUGAUGGCAGUUUCAAGAGGUCAAGAACUAAUAACAUCAUAUUUUAAACAAAUAAAAGAUGCAAGUUCCUGUGUUGUAGCAGAAAUAAAGAUUAUAGAAUGGAAAUUAUCAAAAGUUGGGUGGUGGGUGGACCAAGAUCAUCAUAGAUUCAUUCCGUGUUCAUGUUCUGUUCAUCAUCGGACACCAUUGGAUAUUUUGAGGUAA